UCUGUCCGAACACAACGUGACUUAAGCAUGUUGGCCUUAUAUCUGACUUCUCUUUCCUUCCUGGGGAACAUACAUGCUUCGUCUAUUUCACUUCAAGCCAGAGAUUCUCCACAUUUCCUGCCUGGAACUGCUUUGGGUCACGUGAAUGCUCUGGAUGAAACUUCCGGUUUAUGCGCGAGCAGAGUAAACCCCAACAUCCUGUACAGUCACAACGAUAAGGGGGACGGACCCAAAGUUUAUGCGAUCAGUGCUCUCACUGGAGAGUUAAAGACAACCAUUCAUGUCCAUGGUGCCCAUAACUAUGACUGGGAGGACAUCGCGUGUGGGCCUUGUGACGACAACGGGGGACACUGCAUAUAUAUAGGUGAUAUUGGUGAUCAUUCCGGAGAUGGAGCACAUAAUAUUAUUUACAAAAUUCGAGAGCCAGUCAUCAGAGAUUCCCAAGAAAUUACGGUCGACGUCGAAGCGAAGCUUACUUUCCGGUGGAAUCCUCAACAACAAGACUGUGAAACACUUAUGGUGGACCCACAACGUAACAUUUACGUCAUAUCUAAGGUAGACGACGGUCAAGGUCAACUCGGGGUAAUCAGCAGUUCUGCUUGGAAUACUCCCACAGUGACAGUUAAUGUUAGUCACCUCGUCACACUUCCGCUUUCAACCGGAAGUAAUGACCCCACGGGCGGAGACAUAUCCCCUAAUGGUCAGGACAUUUUGAUACAGACCCACCAUCAGGUUUUCUAUUGGCAGAAAGCGGACGGGUUAAGUAUCAGAGAAUCAUUGCUUCAGAGCCCUGUAGGUGUCCAGUUCCACUAUAAUAAACAUGCGGAGGCCGUGGCGUGGGACGCGGACGGCAGGGGUUAUUAUACCGUUUCCGAGGGACACCAUGAAAAUCUGUAUUACUACGCAAGGCAAUGAUCACUACAAUACCUCAUUUUCUGUCGUAUAUCUGUCGAUACACCGAAUAUACGUUACUUUGUUAGACCAAUUUUCUUAUUAUUAAAAUUUUUUACUAUUACUAUAUUUCGUUUUCCUGUAGUAUGUACCUGUAUGGUACCUUCAAAUAAGAUACACUGUUUGUAACAGUAUCGUACAGUUAAAGUCAGCCGCUCGUAUUGGAAGGACAACCAGGAAAUACCGAAACUGUAUGUCAAACUCAGAAUUACUAAAACGAGAACAAACUAUGGACGUACUAUAUACCAUACGACCACACCUGAAAAACUAACCAAAAGAGAUACCUGGGUAGUGACGACAGAACAACAUAUAGCGUAUCAGUGAGCACGGAUGUCAGUUUAUAGGGAUAAACAGGACGCCACAUCGAUGAAAACAGUAACGAAUUUAAAUGGAAACGCGGAUAAAUAAAACCUUUUUUUGCGCUUUUUUUUUCAUUUUAUUUUCCCUCUUUCUAUCAUUGAGGUAUAGAUUUCGAUAAAACUCAUCUCUGGUCAAAUCUUGGCCGUAUUAUCAACAUAUAUACACAAUACUUUUGGGUACUCGUGUCCUGCAUUGACUCAGUAAUUCCAUAACAGAAUGGCAUACAAAUGUAGUGAAAAAUUAAAAAAAAAAAAAAUAAAAAAAGUGGAAAAUAAAGCACUUCAAGAAAGUCGGAGGAGGAUUCUGAGAAAUGUUUUAAACGUAUUAAUUAAAUCUUGUACAAAAGACACAGAUAUUACAUUGUAGUAUCGUUCAAUACGUUAAUCGUUAAUUGAGAGUAAGAUAAAAUAGACCCAAAAUGAAUUAAACUGUACCAUACAGGUGUUUCGUCCUACUGGGACUCGUCAGUGAUGAUAAGAACCGAAAGUGAUACAUAUAGGUAAUCAAGAAAUAAAAGUAAAAGGUUGAAAAGUGUCAAACCCAAGUAUAUUUAUAGUGUCGUUCCAUUUAUAGUAUAAUCAAUGCAGAUUUCUUUUCCAUGCUAUUAUACAUGUGUAUA